AUGAGUGACCAAGAUACCACAAUGUCCAACGCUCCCCCGAGUAUACCACAAGCAGAGGAAAUAAUCGAUCUUAGUCGUAGAGAUUCUAAGGCACUUCAGGUAGCUGAUGAUCAAUGGCCGGAAGGUGAGCGAGAAGUGUGUGAAGUUCGCAGUCAACAUAUAAAGAAUGGGCACACGUUUGUGGUGACCACAGUGCGUACCGAAACCACUACCAUGACCAGCACCGAAACUAGCAUGGAAACGAUUAAAAAACAGCAAGAAGAAGAAGAGAAGGAUGAACUAAAAGCCAUACCCAUAGGGAUAGAAGAAAAUCUUCCCUCAAUAAAAAAUAUGGAAGAGGAACAACCAUGUUGUAGCAACAGCAGUUCCUGUUCAUCACCGGAACACACAAAUAAAGCCAUUGUACCUCUAUCCUCCUCACUGCCUUCGAAGCUUUUGCGCUUCCAUGCCAAACGUUCUGCGCAGGCUUUACUACAUCAAGUCGAUUCACAAAAUCAAUCAAUGGACUCACAAUUUGGCAGUGAUGAAGGUAUGCCACCAGGAAGUGGCACUGGCAAUACUAGUGAUGAUGAUAGCUGCCACGAGAGUAUGGGAGCCUCAGCUCCACCCAUGUCUCCACCACCACCACGCAAUUCACCCUCCGAAAAUGGUGAUGAAAAAAUUGAUGUUGGUAUGGGCUCCUCAAUUGAGGGUUCCGAAGAAUCCGAGGAGGAUGAUGAACUCAAACCCUUGGCUGUGGAUAAUCAUGUUUUACAUGACAUCGAUUUGACAUCGUCGCCAACACGUAAUUCGCCACUAAGUCCCGUGGCAGAUACCAGUUUAACCAGCAGCACCGGCACAACUACCACUGCAGUAUUAAGUGAGGCUAAUUUAGAAAAAUUCCGCAAAAAUCAAACCGGAUCUCAUACACAUCAUCCGCACAUGGAUAAUAUCUAUUUACAUCCGAAUUUCAAAUAUGAUAUUGCAGCAGAACCGAAUGCCACUGUAGUCAACACCACCGAACAAAAACGUGUUCAUCGUUCCUUUUUGACCAUGAAAAAACCUGAGCCGGAACCGGCAAAUUCUGUUGUGUCCCAGGCCACCACAGUUUCCAUGGACAACAAUAAACCUUUGGUCAAUGAAAUUGAUACCUUGGAUCCGGCACUAAUUCCCAGUGAUGAGCUGGCUAGUGAAAUUGCCGAAGCUGUGGAAUUUUAUUUCUCCAAUGAAUCCAUACUCAAGGAUGCCUUCCUGCUAAAACAUGUCAAACGCAACAAGGAGGGUUUUGUAAGCCUUAAAUUGGUGUCGAGCUUCAAACGGGUACGCCAACUGACCAAGGAAUGGAAAGUUGUGGGUAACGCCGUUCGACGCAAAUCUACUAAAAUCGAAUUAAAUGAUUUGGGCACCAAGGUAAGGCGUAUUGAUCCCUUGCCCAAUUUCGAUGAAACCAUGCCCUCACGUACCAUUGUGGUGUGUGAUCUGCCUUUGGAUAAACUGACCAUUGAAAAGGUUUCUGAUCUCUUUUCGAAGUGUGGUGAAAUUGCCCUGAUACGUAUUCUAAAACCUGGCAUGGCCAUACCCGUAGAUGUGCGACAAUUUAUGAAUAAAUAUCCGGAAAUGCAACAAAAGGAGUGUGCUCUCGUGGAAUAUUUGGAAUCUGCCUCGGCACGUGAGGCUCGUAAUUUACAGGGUCCCUUUAAGGUUUACGAAAUGGUUGCACCGAAAAAGAAAACCGGCAAGAAGGCAGUAAUUCAGGUCACUGCUCCCGUUGUACGAAUGGUGGAGAAUUAUCGCUACUUUAAUGAUCACAACUAUGAACGUACGCGAGGCGGUAGCUUCAGUGGUGCCACUGUGGCUCAUGAUUUUGAUUUGCGUUAUCGUUUGAAACGCAACAAUUCCGACUUCUCAGCCAAGACAUAUCCUACGGAAGUACCAAAUGCCUAUGUUGCUAAUGGCGGACAUCAGCAUGAACCACAACAUCAGAAUAUGAGUAGUUCUGCAGCUCCGGCGACGACUGGACAUCAUCACAGUUACCAUUAUCAACCUAGGGGAAGUAUAAGCCAAGAAUCUGGACCACAAAGUCCUAUUUCACCGGGAACCAAUCCCAAUUACUUUGCCUAUAAUCCUAGGCGUUAUAGUAAUACCUCUACAAUAUCGGCAAAUACUGCAGCUAAUAUGAAUACGACAAUGGUGGAUCAAAACAAACCAAUUCAUCAUCAACACCAUCACAGCUCAAGUGGUUUGGUCAACAGUGGUUCGGGAUCGAAUUUACAAAGACGUCUCUCCAAUUGCUCGCAAGAAGGUGGCGGCGGUUAUGCCGAUAUGGUAAGACGCACAUCAAACUGUUCCGAUAAUGCACCACAGAGGCGAGAUUCAAAUUGUUCCGACAAUUGUCCUUGCUCAAGACGUGUCUCAGAUUUUGGACAAAAUACCGAGGUCUAUCGCAAGUCUUCUUUGGGUUCAGUGGGUAGCAACAGUGAAAGACGUUUCUCCAAUGGUUCGAUGCAAUUCGAGAGAACCUUUUCGAAUGCCAGUGACAUCAAUAAUGUCAGGAGCAACGAGAACAGCUAUCAUCGUCGUAUGUCCAACGAUUUCAAUUUGGAUCGUAAACAGUCAUUGGACACACAACCUGGAACACCCUAUGAAGAUCCCAAUGUUGGUGGAGGUGGCGGUGGGUAUAAUGUCUUCCCCAGACGUUAUUCGAACAACUUUAACAAUAUCAGCAGUAAAUUGGCUCAAUACGAUAAUGCUCAAUAUAUUGGAGGACGUCGUAUAUCCACCGAUUCUGGUUACGAUCGUCGUUGUUCAUUUGGUUCGGAAUAUGAAGGUUCGCCACGAUCACGUACCGGUAGUUUUUUGAAUAGCUACAAACAUGGACAGAAUGAUUAUGAUGGUCAACCGAGAUCACGUACCGGCAGUUUUAUUGAUGGUUCACCGCGAUCCCGUUCGGGAUCAUUUGCUACCCGUGCAGCCGAACAUUUGGUACGUACACCCAUGGGUCCUGAUGGUAGUAAAGGUUUUGGUUUUCGGGCACGUAAACUGGAGCAGACAAUUGGACCGGUCUAA